AUGUUGAGAGCCACCAGAGGAUCUUUCAGCAAACGCAUGGCGUCUGCUGUCCGCCGUAACUAUUCUUCUCACAAGGAAUUGAAAUUUGGUGUUGAGGGCAGAGCCGCUCUUUUGAAAGGUGUAGAAACCCUAGCUGAAGCAGUUUCUGCAACUUUGGGCCCCAAGGGUAGAAACGUGCUGAUCGAGCAGCCAUUUGGAGCGCCAAAGAUCACCAAGGAUGGUGUAACAGUGGCCAAAGCCAUUGUAUUGGAGGAUAAGUUCGAGAACAUGGGUGCGAAAUUGCUGCAAGAGGUUGCUUCCAAGACCAACGAAGCUGCCGGUGACGGUACUACCUCCGCCACAGUUUUGGGACGUGCCAUUUUCACGGAAUCCGUCAAAAAUGUCGCAGCUGGCUGUAACCCAAUGGAUCUCAGAAGAGGUACCCAAGCUGCUGUGGAAAAAGUCAUCCGUUUCUUGAGUGAAAACAAAAAAGAGAUCACCACGUCUGCGGAAAUUGCCCAAGUUGCAACCAUUUCUGCCAACGGUGACGCUCACGUCGGUAAGUUGUUGGCUUCCGCCAUGGAAAAGGUGGGCAAAGAAGGUGUCAUCACCAUUAAGGAGGGAAGAACUUUGGAAGACGAACUAGAAGUCACAGAAGGUAUGAGAUUCGACCGUGGUUUUAUUUCUCCUUACUUCAUCACCGAUGCAAAGUCCAACAAGGUCGAAUUUGAAAAGCCAUUGAUGUUGCUAAGUGAAAAGAAGAUUUCUUCAAUCCAAGACAUCUUGCCUGCUUUAGAACUCUCUAACCAGACCAGAAGGCCCCUUUUGAUCAUUGCUGAGGACAUUGAUGGCGAAGCUUUGGCCGCUUGUAUUUUGAACAAGCUCAGAGGCCAAGUCAAGGUCUGCGCCGUCAAGGCUCCUGGAUUCGGUGACAACAGAAAAAAUACUUUGGGUGACAUAGCCAUUCUAUCUGGUGGUACCGUCUUCACGGAAGAGCUAGAUUUGAAGCCCGAAAACUGCACAUUGCAACAUCUAGGUUCCUGUGACGCCAUUACUAUCACUAAGGAAGAUACCGUUAUCUUGAACGGCAAUGGCAGCAAAGACAACAUAACUGCCAGAGUGGAGCAGAUCAAGAACUCGAUCGACUUGACCACUACGAACUCGUAUGAAAAGGAAAAGCUGCAGGAACGUCUUGCUAAGCUUUCUGGCGGUGUUGCUGUUGUGAGAGUUGGUGGUGCUUCUGAAGUUGAAGUCAGCGAGAAGAAAGACCGUUACGACGACGCUUUAAACGCCACAAGAGCCGCUGUUGAGGAAGGUAUUCUUCCAGGUGGAGGUACUGCUUUGUUGAAGGCAUGCAAGGUUCUAGAAGAAGUUGAAACUGAAAACUUUGACCAAAAAUUGGGUGUUGACAUCAUCAGAAAGGCUAUCACCAGACCUGCUAGAAAAAUCAUCGAAAACGCAGGCGAAGAAGGCUCAGUCAUCGUUGGUAAGAUUAUCGACGAAUAUGGAAAUGACUUCACAAAGGGAUACAAUGCUGCCAAGAGCGAGUACACCGACAUGCUUGCUGCCGGUAUCAUUGAUCCUUUUAAGGUUGUGAGAUCUGGGUUGCUCGACGCCUCCGGUGUUGCCUCCUUGUUAGCUACAACUGAGGUGGCCAUUGUGGACGCUCCUCAACCACCAAGUGCUGGACCUCCUGGAGGCAUGCCAGGUAUGCCCGGUAUGAUGUAA